UUAUUACAUAUCGUAAAAAAGCACUGUGGUGCAAUAGGAAAAAAAAACUCUGCACCUGUAUCUAUAUUCUUCAAACUUCCUCUCUUUUCCCCAACAGAUAAUUGUAGCCCUCAGUAUGCCUUUUGUUCGCUUAGUUUUUUUGACCACUGUCCUUGCGGUACUGAUGGCCAUGCUGGCCUCCAGCGCACGGACCACACGCUGGCCCAAACCUCAGACCACCAAGAAGCCCCCUCGAGCUGGGAGCAGCGGAGGACGGACCACCACCACAACUCCAUCCCCUUCCAGCAGCCUGCUCACAGAUGAGACAACUGAGGUCACGACGGGCGCUUACUCCCUGUCCCCCACAGACAGCACCACAUAUUCCAGUGACACGUUCUCCACUGAGUUCCACACCAAUGCCGUAGUGCCCCCUGGGAACAUCCUUGGAAACUAUUCGCUUGACUACAACGAAUGCUUCUUCAACGUCUGUGAGUGCUGUCCGCCAGAGAAAGGCCCAGUAGGGCCUAUGGGAGAGAGAGGGCCGCCCGGACCACAAGGAGAGAGGGGCCCUCUAGGGUUACCAGGAGAGAAGGGAGAAACAGGACUCCGAGGACUACCAGGACCAGCAGGACUACCUGGAGCCAACGGACUCAACGGCGACAUAGGUGACAAAGGUGAUCAAGGACCCAUGGGUCUUCCUGGUACACCUGGGAUCCCAGGAAAACCAGGAGAGAAAGGUGAUCCGGGCCCCAAAGGAGAGAAAGGUGAACGAGGCCUCAGUCUGAAAGGGGACCCGGGAGAAAGAGGAGAGCCUGGCCUGAAUGGGACUAAGGGCAGCAUCGGGCCAGAGGGGCCUAUGGGUCCCCCUGGGUUAGCUGGGACAAAGGGUCCGAAAGGUGAACAGGGACCUAUAGGUGACUGUUUACCAGGCGAGAAAGGGGACGUGGGUGAGAGUGGGCCCCCUGGUCUGAGAGGUGAGAGGGGCCCCCCAGGAGUUAAUGGAACUGAUGGCGUAAAGGGAGAGAGAGGGGAACCAGGGCCUCCAGGAGGGAAGGGGGAUAACGGUGCCAGAGGGCCCCCUGGACCUCCAGGAGGGAGGGGCAUAGCAGGGCUGAGAGGAGAAAGGGGAGCUAAAGGUGGGCGUGGGCCCCGGGGCCCUAAAGGCCCACCAGGUGAGAGCGUGGAGCAGAUUCGUUCUGCUUUCAGUGUGGGUUUGUUCCCCAGCCGGUCCUUCCCUCCGCCCGGCCUGCCUGUGAAGUUUGAUAAGGUGUUUUACAAUGGGGAUGGGCACUGGGACCCAACAAUCAACAAGUUCAACGCCACACACCCCGGGGUCUACCUGUUCAGUUACCACAUCACCGUGCGCAACCGGCCAGUACGUGCUGCCCUAGUGGUUAACGGGGUACGGAAGCUUCGGACUCGGGAUUCUCUGUACGGCCAGGACAUCGAUCAGGCGUCCAACCUUGUGUUGAUGCAUCUGACUGAAGGCGACCAGGUGUGGCUGGAGACGCUGAGAGACUGGAACGGAGUUUACUCCAGCAGUGAGGAUGACAGCACUUUCUCUGGCUUCUUGCUUUACCCAGACUCAAAUAACAAACCUACUGACGUGGAAAACCUGUGACUGCAACUGUUGACCUUUGAUCAACCAUGAUUGUAACUUCUUGUAGACCCUGCAACCUUCAGCCUGUUCCACUGCCCUGUCAAAUUAUCUUGUGAUCAGCUACAUGGCACUGCUUCGCUAUCUGCUCGCUGCUGUCAUGCUAAUCAAACCAAAUGCUUUGCCUGCCUUGCUGUGUUUGGAGAUGGAUGAGGCUUGAUCAUAUUGCUGUACGCAACACUUCAG